AAUCUAUCAACGAAUAAUAAUAACCCUCUUCCAAUCGUUCACACAAUCUCAACUCUAUCAAAAUGAAGACCUCAUUCGCUGCCGCUGCCGCCGCCGCACUCCUCUUCACCACAUGCGCAGCCACAUCAAACCCUGAAAUCGCAGGCAACUUCCGCCGUCAAGACAACAACACAGUAACCAGUGUCGUCUCCGCCGCGCCUACACUUAGCUCGCCCGAAUCAAUCGUCACAUCGAUCGAAACCAUCACACCAUCAGGAUCGCCGAGACCGAGUGGAAAUUUGACAACGCCUUCGGGCACGAUGAGGCCGACUGCCAGUCAGACGAGCGAGGUGCCAAGGGAAUCUACGGGCGCGGCGAGCGCGGUGGGUGUGGGCAUGGGCAUGGUUGUUGGUGCGAUUGCAGCCAUGUUGGUCUAAACCUGGAAAAUAUUGGUCGGAAGUUGGUACGAACCGAACGUACUGAGCUUGUCUGGGAUUACUUGAUUGGUUUGGGGUAAUGAAUGGGUUUGAGUUGGGAUUUGGGAUGGGCGCAUAGCGAUGGCGUUUGUGUCUUUGAUAAGAUGGAUAGAACACUUCAAGCAUGAGUUUGAGAUGUAGUCCUUCAAUCGGAAAUCUUAAUCUCG